UAUAUAAAAGCCCAAUUCCAACCCUAAUUUCAGAAACACUGGGUCAUUGCUGAAGAUGCCUGCGUACGCUACUGCUUCCAUUGUGUGGCGAUCUCCGAUCCUAUGCGUUCCUUGACGAUCUCCUCCGGCGGGAUCUCCUCCUCCUCCGACGAUCUCCUCCGGUGAGGUCUCCUCUAGCUUUUUGCUGUCCUUCUCUGCCAAAAUCCUUAGUGCCUCUCUUUCGUUCUCCCUUUCCUUCCAUUGAUGUGUCUGAUGAUGGAAACCUAGCGCAGGGGAAUAGCUUCAUAGAUCAUAAAGAUUUUUGUUGCAGUGACUGUGGUGGUACUCCUGAAAAGAAUUGGUAGUAAUGAUAAACUCACAAUAUCAAAAGUUCCUCCUAAAUCCACAAGGUCAUGUAAAAUCGCCAACCCAAGACUACUAGCAUUUGGACACAUGCUGUUUCUCAUGAGUAUAAACAAACAAGACUUUUCUUCAAGUGGGGUGUGAGCUUUCCAUACCAAGUUUAAUUGAAAGUCAGAAAGCAAAAUAGAGGAACAAGGUUUUAGAUCUUCUUCAACUCUUGCUGUUAGCUACUUUACUUUGAAAGCUUCAAGUUUUAAUAUUUGUUGGGAAAGAAAAAAGAAGGGAAAUUAUUAUUUGAAAGAGAUAUGCCAAAGCAAAAGAGGUACAAGAAUCUGCUUAAAGCAGCAGCAGCUGCACAUUCUUCACAAGACAAGUCAAUAGCAGCUGCAAAUUCUUCACAAGACAAGUCAAUAGCAGCUACAAAUUCAUCCCGAGAUAAGUCGGCAGCUUCAAAUGCAUCACAAGUCAAGUCCGCAGCAUCUGCAAAUUUCUCCCGAAACAAGUUGGCAGCAGCUGCAAAUUUCUCUCGAGACAAGUCGGUAGCAGCUGCAAAUUUCUCUCGAGACAAGUCGGCAGCAGCUGCAAAUUCCUCCCAGGACAAGUCAGCAACUUCAAAUUCCUCCCGGGACAAGUUGGCAGCUUCAAAUUCCUCUCGAGACAAGUUGACAGCUACAAAUUCCUCCCGAGAUAAGUCGACAACAGUUGCAAGUUCCUCCCGAGACAAGUCGGCAGCUUCAAAUUCUUCUGAGCCAUCAUCAGUUGCUCCAACUAUAUCUGAGCAUCCAUCCGAACCUAAACGUAAACGUGGGCGUGAAUCUAAGCAUUAUUGGACUGUUGAUGCCAUAGAUGAAUAUGAAGAUACUACACGCCUUCAUUUAUUAGUGAAAGAUGUGCAUAAUUUGCUAGAAAGUUUGCGCAUAGUUGUCAAUUUUGAUAGACAGCAUGCAGCAGUAGGAGAAGCAGCCGGACUCCUUGCAGGAGUUUGUGGGCAAUUGGCCACUGAUUGUGUAGCAUUUCCAAUCAGUUUUGAUAAGUGGUCAGACAUUCCAGAGAGCUUUUUUGAAAAUCAAUGGAAUAUUUUUUUCCAAGCUCGAUUUUGCUUCAAAGUGUGUGAUAGCUUGGCCAAACGAUUUCUGCUCCAAUCGCUUGGCAAAAAAUGGAGGGAACAUAGGAUAAAGCUUUGGAGUGAGUUUUAUGAUCCGAGGUUGAGUAAAACCGAGAUCAUAAAUAAUACACCAGAAGAUAUUGCUCUUGAUCAAUGGGCUUUAUUCGUAGAAUAUCGUUUGAAGCCUGAAACUCAGGUAAGUACUUACUUUCCUAGUUAAAUGUUGUCCCACUAAAAAGCCUUAUAUAGUUUGCUGCUGUAAAUAGGAUAUUAAAUUCAUAUGGAAUGUUGUGAAAGGCCUUUAUAUAGAGUUGGUAAUAAAAAGCCUUUAGUUAUAGUUUGCUAA